UUCCACUAUAUAUAAAUGAUGAAAUUUUCUACUAAUUCAAGUGCCUCUUAACACCUAUAAUAACUUCAUAGCUACUUCAAAAUAUUUGAAAAAAAUGAUCAAAACAUCACUUUUAGGGUUAUUUUUGUUGAUCUCCAUCCUCAAUUUUUUAGCUCAUGAGAUCACAGCCACACAACAAGUUGAAGGUUUUAGUACUUCAAAGCAACAAAGGGAGCCUAAAUACAUGUAUGGUAUGAUAUUGGAAUCAAACAAACCAACAUCAAGCACUCAAAAAACAAAUCUAGGAUUGCAUGUUGUUCAACAUGCAAAGGUGUCAAAGAGAGCAAGGACAGUUUAUGGAGGAGCUAAUAACGUGAAGAGUCCACAUAAGGGAAAAAAUAGUGCAAGCACCAAUUCAAUCAAAUCUUCAUCUUUAUUGAUGGCUUCAUUAAGCCUUCCAGCAAUGAUUCUGGUUGGUGGCUUCUUUUGAUUCCAAGGCUUGAAGCUAGAGGCUUGCAUGAUUUGUCAAAAUUAUCCUUUUGAUUUGUGGCAUACACAUACAUAUAUAGUUGAAUAGAUAGAUGUGUUGAGAAUCAAUAUAUAAGAGUCAUUAAUUAGUAAUCUAAAAUGAUACUCCCUUAGUAUCAUAAUAUAUGGAUGUGUUUGAUCAUUUUUCACGAAAUAAAAAAAGUAUAUGAACUAAAUAAAUUAAUACUUUUAGAGAAA